AUGCCACUUGCGAUGGACUCAAUCAAGAUUCACACUGCGAUUUGCAGAUGUCAAGCAGAGGGUUUGGAGACGACGUGUUUAAACAUCAUGCUCAGUGUUGUGUCAAAUUCUCUGGAUACCUCGUUCGAUGCUGGUGGAAAGGUGAACGUCGGGUUGACCGCUACGACGAUCGUCUCGCAAUGGACGUGGGCAGCCACGUUGUUACAGUCGUCCACGGUGGCCAGCAAGUAUGGUAUAGCAGGGCCGUUCUGGUACGCGGCUGGGGCCACGGUUCAGAUCCUUCUCUUCUCCAUCUUGUCCGUCCAGCUGAAGAUCCGGGCUCCUGGCGCUAAAACCUUUCUGCAGGUCGUCAGGGCGAGGUUCGGCCGGAACACCCACAAGGUCUUCUGUGUGUUCGCCCUGCUCACCAACAUAACGGUCACCGCUAUGCUCAUGUUAGGCGGCGCAGUUGUCAUCACGAACCUGGUGGCCAACAUCAGCCUAGAGUACGCCACCGUGCUCGUGUCGGCCGUGAUUGGCGCCUACACAUUCAUCGGCGGCCUCGGUGCCACCUUCUACGUGUCGUACUUCAACACCGCCAUCAUCUACACCGUCAUGCUCAUCUUCCUGCUCAAGGUGUACGGCGAGCCCAACAACCCAGACAACCCGCUAGGAUCCAUAACGAAGAUCUACAAUUUGUUGUCGUGCAGUCAAGGUCCUAAAGGAAACAUGGAAGGGAGUUAUCUGACAAUUGUUUCUAACCCAGGACUUAUGUUCGGUCUCAUUAAUAUCGUUGGUAAUUUCGGGACAGUGUUUGUCGACCAGUCCUACUGGCAGAGUAGCGUGGCGGCCAAACCCAGACAAGGUGUGAUGGGCUUCCUCUUUGGCGGAUUGUGCUGGUUCGCAGUUCCCUUCUCCCUGGCAACCACGAUGGGACUGGCCUACAUCGCUCUGGGCACGCAGCAAGGCCUCGAUCUACUGUCUGCUGACCAAGUGGACGCAGGGCUUGUUCCGCCGGUGGUAGCACAGCGACUGUUGGGCAAGCAGGGUUCGUUUCUUAUUUUGGUGAUGGUGUUGAUGGCGGUCACGUCGACGGGGUCAUCUGAAAUCAUGGCCGUCUCAUCCAUCCUCGUCUACGACGUCUACGGCAUUUAUCUCAAGCCCUAUAGAAGUACGACUGACGCAAACAGCUGCAUUCUCUGUGGAAAGGGGCGUGGCCGUUUGGCUAAUGCGCGUGACAAAUGCGCUUGUCACAGUAUGACAGUCUGCUCGUUGUGUUUCCAGGAUGACAGUAACCGUGCGAGUUGCCGCCGGGCGAUCAAGCCGGACUACAAGUGUCAGAUGCACGGACAGUACAGGAUGUACAUGGACCUGCUCACCAGACUCAAGAACUGGUGUCUCAUCUGGAGCAGUCUCCUCAUCCUGCCGCUCACUGUCUUUCUCUACAUGCUCGAGUUGAGCCUGGGCUGGGUGUAUCUAUUCAUGGGUGUGAUGAUCGGGUCGGCGGUGAUUCCUAUUGCCCUGGCUCUGUUCUGGGAGCGACUCAAUUCAAUUGCCAUGAUGUCAGGCGCCAUCGGGGGAGUUAUCAUUGCGUUCACUGUCUGGCUGUCCGUCGCUUCUACCUACGAGGAUGGACUACGAGAGUUUAUUAAGAACACUGGACAGGAACUUUCAAUGUUAUGUGGCAAUCUGGCGGCCAUAUUGUCUGGAGGUAUUAUCACCAUAGUGGUCACGUUCAUCACAAACCGGAACUAUGACGCCACCGCGGGCAAAGAGAUCUGGGAGAACACGCGAGAUAUUGACAAUCCACUUUCACCAUGGACAGAGAAAUACGCUGUGGAUUUGAACUUGACCGGCGUCCACCAGCUGGACAACCGGCCGUCUCUGGUGGACGUGGAGAAAGCGUUCAAAUUGGCCAAGUACGUCGCUAUCAUCGGCUCCAUCACGCUGAGCAUCGUGCUCAUCAUUAUAUGGCCCAGCAUCAUGGUAACCGUCGGAGUCAUGUCACCUAAACAGUUUUUUGGAUGGGCCACCUUAAGUCAAGUUUGGGCUUUCAUAGCAACGGUCUUCAUCAUCCUUGUGCCGCUUGUCAACGAGAUGUGGGAUAUAUACGUGGCGUUCCACGACAAGCGGAAAAUUGGUGAAGAGGUAAACAUUGUGCAAAUCCCAGCGGUGAAGCGGUCAAUGUCGGCCACUGUGAAAGACAUAGAGGAUGAGGAGGAUGCUGGCGUGAACCACACAGAACGCCAGACGACCAGCGUCAGCUUAGUGGGACCAGAGGUAGAGAAUGUGAACAUAUUGGAAGGUUCGGAAAACCCUCGACAACCCAUCUUCUGA